UAUUAGGCUUCUGGUGGGUUUUCUGUUUCAAAUUAGGUUGAAUUUACUUACCAUACAUGAAGUCAUCAUUUUUCCCACCCAACAUAGGGAAAAAGAAUGCAAAAGAUCACUCUGUUCUUAUUUAUAACUAGAGGGCACAUGUCCUAAUAUCCAAACUCAAAUGAAAACUUAAGCAAAAAACUAAUUUGCACUUAAUCAUGAACCCAAAACAAAGUUCUGAGAUGACGGUAGAUUAUAGGUGAUCAAAAACGUUAUUUUCUGGAAACUACCAGCUUAAACACAACUUUGGAACUCCGACAUCGCCUAUUCUGUAAUCUAAUUUCUUUUUUCUUUCAAAAGAUGAAAAAGAAUCUGCGCACACCUCUACGAGAAGAGGACUGUGGGGGCGGGGGGCACACCGUCCACAUUCCCAUCCUACACGGCAUCUGGGAAGUUAUUAUCUCCCACUUCUCUGCAUUCUGCGCUAGCGGCCCCCAAAGCCAAACACCCCUGGGGCUGGAGGCGGGAAAAGCCCCGGAGUCCUCGGAAGAGAUGAACUAGGCCGGGAGUUGAUCCCGAAGGCUUCGAGAAGCUACAGGACCACACCUACCUGACUACAGACGCCCCUCAUUGGACCCGCCCUCCCCAUUAACUGUCGUCCGCCUCGCGCGCAGGUCCCCUGUGACCAACGUCGAAAACUCGUCCUCGUGCCCACUCGGAGUUCUCCACGCCUGCGCAGUCUCCCCGGUGCUGGAGGGACUGUAGAUGCACAUGCUCCACCCUUCAUCUCUGUCUCUCUCUCUCUCCCUCUGCAGGGCUGAUUUUGAACGCCGUCCCCGAAGCCUGAUGGCUUGCGCAUGCGUCCCCACGCUAGCUGCGUUUCUCCCCACAAAAGCCACAGGCGGCGGGUAUUUGAAGCUCAGCGAGCCGGAAGUCGCUCUGCUUCCUCACUUCCACGCUGCCCUAGCGGAAACUCAUGCCCUGGAAGAGAGGUUCCGGGGCGGGGCUGGCCUGGCUGGAGGCGGCACAAUGGAGACCCGGACUGAGGUCGCGGGAGUGACCCGCGGUCUGACGCUGGCCUCUUCGUGGCCUGCCGCACGCGGUGCCCUAAUCCAAAGUCUCACCCAGGCUGGUCUCGGAGCCCAUGACUUUGAUUGCGAGGAACUGCCAGCGCCGCCUGUUUCGGGCCAGAGUCUAGUGAUUUUGAAGAGAAGCCUGUGCAGCCAAGAUGAAAACCCCUGCUUCCUCUUCCUAAAGUAUGACCCCAACGGAGUUGAAGAAAUCGUUUCUGUUGGCAUUUUAAGUUCUGCAAGAAAUAUGGAAGUUUACUUAGGAGAGGAGUACUGUGGAACCAGUAGGGGCAAAAGUGUUGGUGCUGUCCUGGAUGACAGUGAACAUGAAAAGAUCAUUUUGUACAAAAAUUAUCUAAAAUUGGAGUCCUUUACACAUGCUUGUAAAAUAAAGUUGCUGUCCUUUGGUGAAAAGCAAUGUGUGUUCAUCAGUAAAGUUGUGGUACACACAACAUCAGUUUUGGCAAAUUCGUCAAAAAGCUGUCCUGCUCUAGGAUCAAGAAUAGACCUUGACAAGGUCCGAAGCAUAAUGGAGUCUAUGGGGUCAAAAUUAUCACCUGGAGCUCAGCAAUUGAUGAAUAUGGUUAGAUUACAGCAGCAGAAUUGCAUUCCCCUUGGAGAGCAGCUUCAGUCUGUUUUGGGAAAUACUGGAUACAAGCAUAUGGUUGGGCUGCAAUCAUCAUCUACUUUAGGAGCUUUAGACAAGUCAUCCUCUACACCUUUUCCUUUUAGAACUGGAUUGACAUCUGGAAACAUGACUGAAAACUUAAAACUUUAUAUUGAUAAAAGUACACAGCCACCUGAUCAAGGGAAUCUUACAAACCUUGAAGAAUGUAAAAUUAUGCCACAAAAGCACUCACUUCUUGAAAACGAUCUUAAAAGUGCAGUAUCUUCUUUCUUACCAAAGAAAGCAAGUGACAAUUCAAAUAUACCUAAUUCGGAGUUGCUGCCUUUUCUCCACAAUUUGUGUAGUCAAGUUAACCAUCUCCGUGUGGGACAUAAAGAGAAUCUCACUAAGUCCAGUGAAGGCAUUCUUGGUGUUGGAAUGGAAGAGCAACCUGUUUGUUCCUACUUGGAAAAGAUUCUUUCUAAAAAUAUGGAACUGAUAGAAAAGAAACUCGUGGACUACAUUGAUCAGCGAAUAUGUAAACUCCAGGAGCACAUAGAUGAUAAGAUUGCUUUAUUAAUGGAUUUGCUGCAAAAUCCCAAUUCCCCGCUCACUGGGAUACCUCUAAGACAUUAUGACUCUGGAGAAAGACUUUCAAAUGGAGAAAGAUAAGCUCUUUACAUAUACAAUGUACUGCAGAUAUUUAUUGCAUAUUUAUUAUAAAGCCAAAACCC